AUGGAUGCUAGAAAUAAGCUGUGGAAUAGGUUGAUUCACAUCAGCCAACAGGUGAACUCGCCAUGGUUGGUGGGGGGUGAUUUCAAUUGUAUCAUUUCUACCUUUGAAAAAUCUGGAGGUAGAACUCCAAAUAGAAUGUUGGUUAAUGAUGCAUGGUUCAAUCACUUCCUCCUCACCUUUGUUACUCACCUUAGCCUUGCUGGCUCAGAUCAUAGGCCUAUUCUUAUAAGCAUCACCUCAACUGAUAACUAUAGCUCCCCCCUCCCCUUUAGAUAUCUCAACAUGUGGGCUGCACAUCCUUCAUAUAGUAAUUACAUUGUUGACCUAUGGAAAGGGGUCUCUCACCCUGACCCCUUAGUCCAGCUAAGCUUACUGCAAAUCAAGAUUGCUAAAGCCCUCAGAGGUUGGAGCUGGAACACUUUUGGAAAUGUUAAUGCCACAGUCCAGAAGGCUGAAGAUGAAGUUAAAGCUUUGGAGAAUGGGGGACAGCUUGGUAUUGAGGAGGAGAAAAAGCUGCUGAUUGCUCAGAACAACCUCCUCAGUGUCAUCGAUUACCAGGAAAAAUUUCUUAAACAGAAGGCAACCAUGAAUAUUUUCACUGAUGGGGAUAGAAACACCAGAUUCUUUCAUGCCUAUAUCAAAUAUAAAAGAAAAUGCAAUACCAUCCAAGAUAUACAAAAUGCCAAUGGCCAGUGGUUACAUAACAACAACGAUAUAACAAAUGAUGUUAUAAGCACACUUCGGCACGAGAAGGCACACUUCAUGGCAGAACUGAACUACACUGCUGGUCUCAAGCUUACUGACAUCCCCACUGAAAAGGAAAUAUGGAAUGCAAUCAAUUCCAUAGAUAACAGUAAAUCUACUAGCCCUGAUGGAUUUACUGCUGAAUUCUACAAGAAGUCUUGA